CGUUAAGUAUAUAUAUACUAAAAAUGUCAUGAUAACAUUGUCUUAAUUACAAAUUAGCAAAGCAGAAAUCGAUCAAGUCUUCAUAGUAUUAGCAAAAUGCUAGCCAUUUCUUCUUCUCCUAUGUUUUCAAAUAACUUUGGGUGGCUUUUGGAGGAUCCCAUAAGCCAUGAACUAAACAUGACUAGUGCAGAAACUUCAUCAGAUUCAGUUGUUGCCCUUCAUUCAUCAUCUCAUACAAGACUUCUUGAACACUCUGAUUCCAAGAAAUUUGAUCAGAUUAAUAAUGAUGAUCAACCUGAUCAUAUGGUAAAGAAGCUUAAUCACAAUGCUAGUGAGCGCGAUCGUAGAAAAAAGAUUAAUAGCUUAUAUUCUUCUCUUCGUUCUUUGCUUCCAGCUUCUGAUCAUGCGAAAAAGUUAAGUAUUCCAUCGACAAUAUCAAGAGUGCUAAAAUACAUACCAGAGUUACAAAAUGAAGUGGAAAGACUAAUUGAGAAGAAAGAAGAGCUUACAUCAAGAACCAUCUCUAAUAAAGAAAAUUCAGCUGAUUUUAACAAGCAAAAAAGAAGAGGAGGAAAAGACAGCUCUUCAUUAGUUAUUUCAGCAAGUGAAGUUGGUGAUAAAGAGGUAGUUAUUCAGAUAUCUGCCUUGAAGAUCAAUAAAGGUUCAUUAGCUGAGGCUGUAUCAGACUUAGAGGAUGAAGGACUUUCUCUAUUAAAUUCAUCUUGUUUUGAAACUUUUGAAGAUAGAGUCUUCUAUACCAUGCAUUUUCAGGUUCAUGGAACAAUGGUAGUUGAGCUUGAUACGUUAAGAGACAAACUCUCAUCGUAUUUUGAGAAGGAAGACGAGUUAUAAUUACCACAAUGAAUUUAUAGUUUAAUUAUUAGCCGGAUUUAGCUUACAUAGAAAGACGUUGUAUUUGCAGUUUUCCUUUUUAAAUAGGACAAGACAGCAAAAAAUGUAAAUGUCUUUUUAUUUCCCUUGUAAUUGUGAACGCCUUCGUUUUCAAGAGAGGCAAUAUCUUGUAAUCAUUGACAUGGUGACUGUUAAUAUUAAUUAACAAGAUUCAGAAUGCUUUGGACCUUAA